CCGCCUCUGGCCCCGAGGACGUGGCACUGUACGUGGGGCUCAUGGCUGUGGCCGUCUGCCUGGUGCUGCUGCUGCUCGUGGUGGUCCUGGUGUGCUGCCGCAAGAAGGGGGGCCUGGACCCCGACGUGGCCGACUCGUCCAUCCUCACCGCCGGCUUCCAGCCCGUCAGCAGCAAGCCAGCCAAGGCAGGGACGUCCCACCUGCUCACCAUCCAGCCCGACCUCAGCACCGCCACCAUGACCUACCAGGGCUCCCUGUGCUCGCGCCAGGACGGGCACAGCAAGUUCCAGCUCAGCAACGGGCACCUGCUGAGCCCCCUGGGUGCCGGGCGCCACACCCUGCACCACAGCUCGCCCGCCGCCGAGGGCGUGGAUUUCGUCUCGCGCUUCGCCGCCCAGAGCUGCUUCCGCUCCCUGCCCCGGGGCGCUGCCAACAUGGCCUACGGCACCUUCAAUUUCCUGGGGGGGCGGCUCCUGAUCCCCAACACAGGGAUCAGCCUGCUCAUCCCGCCCGACGCCAUCCCGCGGGGGAAGAUCUACGAGGUCUACCUGACGCUGCACAAGCAGGAGGACGUGAG